GUGGGAUAUCUGCAGGGAGAUUCCCAUCAUUAAGGAUGAACAGACGCCAUGGAAGAUGAUCAAACUACUAAAGAUCGCCUCGCUGGCUAUCGUCGCAGUGUUUGUGUUUGGAUUGGCGCUAUGUAGCAAGACUACGUUCCUACUGCUCAUUACCUUGUCCCACAAAGGCACAAAAGUCCUCCCAGACAACAUGAAACCCGUUGCUCUGCUUUGUAUCGGCUGCGCCCUCAUCAUUUCCAGUGUUUUUCUACUGCUCAAAAGCUUUUGGAAGUCAUGCUACAAGACUUCAAAGCUGCCAAGAAAAUCAACUAUAGCCCUGGUCCUUUUCUUUGAGUCCCUAGUGGCUACGGGUGUAGCAAUUCUCACCAUGGUGGCGAUGCCACACUUAGACAUCGUGACCAACGUGGCAAUUCUGAAUGGUGUAGCCGUCCUCUCUGCGCUCCUCCAGGUGAUAGCUCAAUGCUCUGCCAAAGAAAGAAACCGCUUCCUGCUGCCGUCCAUCUUUGCCUUCAUCCUCAUUCUGCUAGGUUACGCCCUGUUCCUCUAUCUAUACAUCACAAAGAAUCCUACUGAUGUCAAGAUGAUCAUUUGGGUGGGUCUGGCUGUUGGUUCGUCCUUCUUGGUGUCUUUGAACUGGUGGGAGAGCUAUUUGAGACUUAUCAGCAAGACCAGCUCCUCCGUAUUCCUCAAAAACUUCUGUAAAGACUUGACAAAGUGCCAGAAUGUAGUGCGCAUCCUCACCAGCCUGCUGAGGAUCGCCGUGACGGCCUGUGUGCUCGGAGCCUACGUCCACUUGGACAACAUGGACUGGAAAAUCGUGACCCUGAUUCCAAGCCGUGAGACAAAAAUUAUAGCCAUCAUCAUCGGGGUCCAGCUGAUCUCAUCUGCACUCUGCCACUGGUUUUCUUUGGUAGCCUGCAAGAUGCACGCCCUGCGGCGAUGCUUCAUCGUGCCUUUGUACCUGGCCUCUCUGGCCGUCAUGGUUCUGUUCGUCGUCCCCGUCAUCGUUUACUAUCAAGACUACAGAACCAGUUUGAACGGGACUUCAAUCAACUUCAUAGGCUACUGCAGUCAAGUUGUGGAUGGAAGAAACCAAAGCCUGAAUGAAAGUGUGUUCCGAGAGCUGGUUCUGGAUGUCACACACACUCUGUGCUUCCUGGACAUGUCCAAGAUGGCUGACAUUGGAUUAUUGACAGGGUCGGCAGUAUCCUGGUGGCUCGGCCUUUUGUUAGCCACCCUCCAUCUGUGGUACCUAAACGUGGAUCGCAUCCAGAGGACCCAAGACCUGUUCACCAGGAGGCUGUAUGAAGGAGCAUUUAUCGAACAGUCCCUGCUCCUCAACACCCGAUUCGAUAUCCUGUCCAAAGACAGGAAAAAGAAGGCAUGCGAAACGUUGAUGGUGUAUCUGUGUGCGACAAUGUGGCACGAAACCUACAGUGAGAUGAUGAACAUCAUUAUCUCAAUAUUCAGACUGGACCAGUAUAGACCAAAGACAGAAGAUGAAAAGAACACUGAUUUCAACUUUGAAACCCAUAUCUACUUUGAUGAUGCGUUCACUGAUGAUAAAGAGAGUCGGGGGCGUCACCUCAACAAGUACGCACUGAACCUUGUGGAGAUCUUCACAGAAGUUUAUGGCAUCUUCACAAACAUCCACGACGAGUUCUUCAAUAAGAAUCAGCAAAUCCCUAAACAGAAUAUAAUAAGGACGCCGUAUGGAGGACGCCUGGAGGUCACCAUGCCUCAUGGGAACAUUAUCACCGUUCACUUCAAGGAUAAAGAUCUCAUCCGCCACAAGAAGAGAUGGUCCCAGGUCAUGUAUCUUUACUAUCUUCUGGGCUGGAAACUCAUGGCCAAAUAUUAUGGACGCUAUCAGAGGGGAGAGGACGGGCCUGAGUUUAGAGCAGAAGUCGAGAAAGAAAAGCAAAACACCUACAUCCUGGCUUUAGAUGGAGACACAGACUUCCAACCGGCUGCUUUGAUGCUGCUCAUUGAUCGUUUGAAAAUGUACCCAAGUGUCGGAGCAGCGUGUGGCAGGAUUCACCCCACUGGCUCAGGUCCCGCAGUGUGGUUCCAGAAGUUUGAGUACGCUAUUAGUCAUUGGCUGCAAAAGACAGCGGAGCAUGUCAUUGGCUGUGUGCUUUGCAGCCCAGGCUGCUUCAGUCUAUUCAGAGCAAAGGCGCUGAUGGACGACAACGUGAUGAAGAAAUACUCCAGCAAGUCCAUGGAGGCGAGCCACUACGUCCAGUACGAUCAAGGUGAGGACCGCUGGCUGUGUACUCUGCUGCUGAAACAAGGAUGGAGAGUGGAGUACAAUGCAGCAGCUGAUGCUUUCACCAAUGCACCGGAGGACUUCAAUGAACUCUACAACCAGCGUCGGCGUUGGGGGCCGUCCACAAUGGCCAACGUGAUGGAUCUCUUGGGCGCCACCAGCACAGUUUCCAAGAAAAACCGAAGCAUAUCCAAACUUUUCAUGUUCUACCAGCUCUUUGCCAUCGCCUCAGCCAUCCUGGCCCCUGCCACCAUCUGCCUCAUGGUUGCAGGUAGUUUUACCUUCAUCUUUAACAUGAAUGCCAGCGCUUCCCUGGUCCUGGCUAUAAUACCGCCUAUCGUCUACCUUAUUCUUUGCUUUUAUCUGAAGUCCGAUACUCAGAUUACAAUUGCAGGAGUCCUAAGUGUCUUGUAUGCAUUCCUCAUGUUGGUGGUGACGUUGUCCAUUAUCGGUUCGAUGGUGAAGGAAAAGACUAUCCUGACACCCAGCGGCAUUUUCGUCAUUGGCAUUUCCGCCAUUUACAUCAUCACAGCGAUAAUGCAUCCUCAGGAAAUCCAACUGCUCUUCCACGGCGUACUCUACAUCCUCUGCAUCCCAAGCGCCUACCUCCUUCUCUCCAUCUACUCCAUGGUCAACAUGAACAACGUUUCUUGGGGCACCCGGGAGACAAAACCUGUUGCUGGAAAUGCCCCACCCCAGCCUUCCACCCCACAAACAAGAACCCAGAAAGCCAAAAGUGCAUGCCAACGGUUCUUCUCGUGGGCCAGAUGUUGUAAAAACAUCAACCAGAGUUCUGGAGACGGGCAUCACGGGGACAGCCAGCCAGUCCUGAUCCCACAGUCCGCAGAGCCAGAACCCGGGCCCCAAAACACACGUGUUGACAGCCCAAUGUUUACAGCGACUUCACAGGGGCAACCCGAGCAUGUUUUCAACGCUUCUCCCCAAUGUUGGGUCACACAAAUGAAGGAUGUGUUCAAUGACAUGCAGCUGCAGGAGGCCUCACUCGAAAAGGAGGAGGAGCAGUUCUGGAUAGAUCUUCAGAAGAAGUACUUGGAACCUUUGCAGGUUGAUAAAGAGAGACAGAAAAAGAUUGUGAAGGACCUGCGACAGCUGAGAAACAAGAUAAACUUUGCCUACUUCAUGAUGAAUGCCCUGUGGCUGGUGGCGACAUUUACCCUCCAGCUCUUCGAGGCCACCGUCGCUAUCCCGAUCACCUUAGUCGACUUGAACCUCAAGCCCACCGGAACAGUACUACGUGUCGACCCCAUUGGCUUAAUGUUCAUUCUGGGAUUUGCAACAAUGGUUGGAAUCCAGUUCCUUACAAUGUUCUACCACAGAAUCUACACUCUGAUCCAUUAUGUGGCCUUUCUGGACACAGAGCCCAAAGAGAAAAACAAUGAACCAAAAGAACCAUACCUUCAAGGCAAAAAGGACGUAUCUAUCUCCAACAACGACUCCGUCAUUGAAGCCGACUCCCAGGAGGACUCUGAAUGGGAGGACAGUGAUGAAAAUGAGGAGGAUUUUUUGUAA